ACACCAAUGGAAAGCAUUAACACCAAUGGAAAGCAUUACACUGUUGCAUCGUAUACAUCAUACACGUUUGGUUCACUGUGCUUUUCACAAUAGCAGGAGCUGUUCGUCAGCUUCUGAAUCAAGUGUCGUGCCAUCGUCAUUUAAGUAUCUCUUUCAUAUGUUAUUAUAUUAUUUGAUUUUUUAUGAGCCACCUGGCUUUAACAUUGUAGAGUACUUUAAAAAGAAUAAAGAAAGUGGUUCUUAUUAUUCUUUGGUAAGCUUAGUCAUUAUUCAACCAAUCGGUGUUAUAACGUUUUUGCGUACAUAUUGUCUGUUGCAACUGCCGCCGCUCAUCAAAUUAUAAGUUGUUAAACUCACUCUCCAACAAAUAUAUUUUUUACCAAAAUUAUUCAUGUCAUUGGGGACCGUAUGCACUGUAGAAAUAAUUUGCUCUCAAGAAAAAAGGAGAUCAUUUAGACAAAAGGUGUCAUAUUGAGAGCAUGGGUAAGACAGGAAAUUAUCUUUUAGACGGAAGACAAAUCUAGUA